AUGGCUACGCAGCGAGGGGGAAGGCAGGUGGAGCGGCUCGUGGUGGCCGAGUUCAAUAUCGACCGAGGCAGCUCCAUCACCCACCAAUACCCCGGCCCCGUCGGUGUCCCUGAGCAGACGCUGGCCGAGCUGAUGCUGCCGGACGGCGUGCACAAGCGGAAGGACGACUGGACCCUCUUCUUUCUCAACCGUGACGGAGCGGAGGCGAAGGCGGGCGGGAAGGAAGCUAAGGCGGCGGAGAAGCCAAAGGCCGGCGCGGCGGGCACGCUCCACGCCCCGAUGGACGCCUUCAUUUACGAAUACGACGACAACUGCGAAGGAGGCACGCACGACUACCGCCACACUCGCACUCGCGUCGGGAAGAAGGUGCUGUUCGUGCUGCCUCGGAGCGUGGAGAUCAAGGAAGACGCCAACCCGGCCUCGCCCUCCACCUACGUCGUCACCAAGCACGCAGAGCUGGACUACACUCAGCUGGAGCCGAUGUUCUCGUGCGUCCUCACGGCAUCCGGCCUCGCACUUGGCUUCCGCUUUGCCUCCGCCACAGCCGAAAGCGUGUUCUCGGGCCACAUCGAGCACCUGAUGAACCUCCCCGACGAGCCUGAGUCCGGCGGCGAUGGCGGCGGCGGUGCGGAGGAGAAGCCGUUCCUGUACUGCCUCAAUCGGGUGACCAACCACAAGGACGACACCGUGCGACGGGGCGCCGUCGUGAAAGCCCUCGCCAUCUGCUCCCCCUUCCCCCACGUCCACAUCUUCAAACCGUUGAUGGUGCUCGCACUCGACCUCAUGUUCAAGUCGCCCGACAAGGAGGCCGAGAUAUUGGAGGAGGUCUACCGGGCCAUCAACUCCAUGGACCUGUCGCGCAUCCCCAUCCUCACCGAACCCCAAAAGGUCAUUCGUCGAAACGGACGCGACCGAGCGCAGAUGGAGCACGAGGCCGUUCUCUACUUCCAGGAGACGCCCAUGAAGAUCAAGAUCCCGCUCCUCUCCGGCCCCGACGAAGUCGCCGACUACCAGGUGAUCCCGCUGGUGCAGCGGCUGCAGGCCGGGGUCAUGACCCUAUUCAACGCCGUGCUCGCCGAGAAGCGAAUCGUCUUCAUCUCCGCCGACGGCUCGGCCGAGGAGCUCGUUAACUUUGUGCUCGGCACCGUCGGCAUGAUGUCGCCUCCGCUCGUCGGUCUCGUGCGACGCGCCUUCCCCUACACCAACCUUGCCGGACUCGACGCCCUGCUCCCCGUGCCGGGCUACAUCGCGGGCGUUGUGAAUCCGAUGUUCGCGGAGCGGAUGGAGUGGUGGGACGUGCUGUGCGACGUGGCCACGGGCAAGGUCACCCUCAACCCCAACACCAUGCCCCAGGAGAAGGAGCGCCUGCCCCACUCCAAACUCGACGCCGAGUUCUACCAACGGAUCAACAGCGCGGUGAACAGCCACUACGGUGACGACUACAUCAAGCGCCAGUUCGAGGACUACCUGGGGCUGAUCGUCGACGUGGCCACGGGCGAGGCCGAGUUCGCGACCCCGGCGGAAAAGCAGAGCUUCACCGACGCCAACGCCAAGCGCAUCGAGUCGUGGAAGCGCUCGUCCUCCUUCACCCUCUACGAGGAGCAUCGGAAGAGGCUGAGGGAGCAGUCGUCCAUCAAGAACGGCAAGGUGUUCCGCUACGUGCGGCAGCUGCGGUGCGCCAAGGGGAUCUCCGAUAGCGAGAUGCUGUACAUCUACAAAACAUUCCUCGACAACAUCUCCACCGAGGAGCAGGUCGAAGAGGGCGGCCUCUACCCCGUGGCCGUGUCGCUGUUCCACCCGUCCAAGGCCGUGCGCGACGCCACCGUCGAACUUUUCAAGCGCUUCGAGACCAUACAGGCACUCUUCAUUCUUCGUUCUGCGUUCUUCCUGGGCAGCGGCUUCCUGAAGAACCUCAACUUCUUCAUCUACCUCGCCUUCAACCGUCAGCUCGAGCAGUCCGCCUGA